CUCUUUGGUCAAAAUUCCAAAUCAUGUUGUGUUUACAAAAUUUUUUACGAGUUUCUUUAAUUACUAGGACUUACUAAAUUAAAGAUCAUGCGUGAAUCUGUGAACUCUUCAUAAAAUAGUGCAACUGAAAUGCGACUACCUCUCCCAACCCAUCGUCGAAGCUUCUUCCUCAUCAUAAUAGCAUCAGCAAUCCUCACAUUAACCUGGCUAUACCUACCCAGACACCCUCACAGAACAACUGUAGUCCAGGAUCCGAUGACACUCCACUCCCGUUCCAGAUUACUCCCAUUCAGUUUCUGGAACCACCGUUCCGUUUACCCAGAAAGGUAUAAGGGCAGUUACUCCUGCAUGAAAUUCCCUGAAAUCAAUGAUUUGAAGUACGCGGCUGUGUCGUGGCAGUGGCUGCCGAUUGUGAAUGGAAGUGUGUAUAUCUACGGCGCGUACUGGGACCCGCGGUUUGAAGAACCGUUGGUCAGGAUCUUGGUAUACUGUGAUGUCGUCCCGGUGCCCAAACUAUACUGCCAGUUGUGGUUCCCCAACGACAAUGAGCCACAAACAGAACUGGCGACCCCAGUCUACGGCUGGGAACCGGCUUGGGGUGGCCCUACCAUGGGGGUGAACGAGCCUUACAUCCUAACCUGCAGCUGUAGACGACACCCCCCUGAGAAGGAGACAGCGCCGGUCGCUGUGUCGGUGGUCACAGCCCCCUGCGGGGACGCUACUAAUGUUUUAGAUGUACAGAACGCGCCAUUCGACGAAGAAAUAAGCAAGAGAACGCCACCACAGCGCAACAACUCUUCCAUAGCAGUCUGCCUGAAGUGGCUGCACUACCGGAGCGAUAUCUCCGCCAGUCUGGUGGAGUGGCUGCAGCUCAUCAAGCACUUCGGAGCCGAGAGAGUCUACAUAUACAUCGUCAGGAUACACCCAAAUGUGCGUAAAGUCUUAAAAUACUACGAAGACCAAGGUUUCGUAGUAGUCACAGAGAUCGACCACCCGCCGCAGAUCUCUGGCCUGAAGCAGUCGAGAGGGAGCCGAGAUUUUCGGGAUCUGAGGAGGGAACUCCUCCCUCUGAAUGACUGUCUGUACAGGAACCUCUUCCGCCACUCCUGGCUGCUGGCGAUAGACCUGGACGAGAUUAUUGUGCCUCCUUCAAGCGAAACAUGGCCUUCAAUGAUUGGAGCAGAAAUAGCCAAUAGGUCUGAUCGGGUAAUUGAUGCUCUGGUGUUUAGAAACUACUUCGUGUUGGAUGGAGCUCAGAAAGACUUGGAGGGACCUGCCAAAGCCCGCAUACUGUCCCAUACUUGGCGCGCUAUUGCGCCUAGCCCACCUGGAUCAAUGGUAAAGUCCUUCAUCAACACAUCGACUGUGAUUGCCAUGCACAACCACUUGCCUAUGUCUUGUGACAGACAGUGUUCCUACCAUGAUGUGCCUCCUGAAGGUCCAGGUAGACUCCUCCACUUCAGAGAGAAAUGUUCCUACGAUAAUGAAGACUGUCCUGAACUUCAUGAUGUAAUGAAGGAAGAUAACUUUGCAAGCUGGAGAGCAACUGUUCUGCAAGAGAUUAGACAUGUAUUGAGAAGCUUAGAUUUGGAGUCUUUGGAGUAGGACUUAGGAGUGGGUUUUAAAUUAGCUUGUUUUAAUUAGCUUGCGCUGUUUGUUUGUUGGUUUGGGUGUUUAGUAAACUGAUGUGAAACAACGCUUGCGUUGUGUUAGUGAGGUUACCGGAGGCUCAAUUAUUCUCCCUCCAAUCUUCAUAAUUUCGGAUUUCGCAACAACCGUUAAAUUCCUAACCCCCAAAAGGCUGGCAUCGCACUUGUAACGCCUCUGGUGUUGCGGUUGUCAAUUUUUUUUAAUGGGUCUAAGUCAUCUGAUGACUUCCCCCGCCAGAGCUAGGCGAGAGGGAGUGUCAGACUCAUUACUGACUAAACACCACCCCGUUCCUGCUCCUGCUUUUCGAGCCGGGAGCCCCGGUAAACCCGCUAAGUAGUCAGCAGCUCCGGUUAGUAACUAGCUCAAAGCGGCUCCAUCCUAGCGUUUGUCCAGCGUAAAUGUCUAGCAGCGUAGUGUCAAGUUUCAUAGUCUUCCUAGAUAAAUGGAACAUCCAAUACAAAAAGAAUUAUUCCAAUCGAACCAGUAGUUCUGGAGAUUAGCGGGUUUAAGCAAACUUUUGUUCUUACUCACGUAACUGUUUGACGAGGAACUCGACUAGUUUCAGUAGCAGCAACAGUCGCCGCGUCAUGUGUGGAAUACUGCUCAUGAAUAUGAGUCUUUAAAACUGGUUAAGUUCCUUGUCAUACAGUUACGUGAGUAAG